AUGGGUCAAUACAGCUUUGCAGCCUCAAUUUACUACAUUGGUAUGAUCUCAGGUUUACCUUUAUGGACCUUUGUUCUUCAACGUGUUUCUGCUGAUCUUUCUACCGGUGCAACCGUUACCUUGUGGGGAAUGAUAACAAUGACACAUGCCGCAACACACAAUUAUUCUGGCAUUCUUGCCGUUCGAUUCUUUUUGGGAUUCUUGGAAUCUUCCGUUACUCCUGCUUUGGUGUUGAUCACUUCCAUGUUCUACACACCAAGGGAAACGAUUAGUAGAACGGCAAUUUGGUAUGCCUUCAACGGUGUUGCAUUGAUUCUUGGAGGUGGUUUAUCCUAUGGACUCUUAUCUAAUCCAAGUGUCAUUAAAUCCUCUUUGGCGAUUUGGAGGCAAUUAUAUUUGAUCUUAGGUGGUAUUACCAUCUUUGUUGGAUUGAUGUUGUUGGCAUUCAUGCCCAAUACACCUACCCGUUUACGAUUGUAUUCUCCCAUCGAAAGAAAGGCAGUACUUGGUCGCUUGUUUACCCAACAACCGAAAGUGCAAGACAAAAAUUCAUCCGGCAAAUUGGCCACAGUCAAGGAAAGCAACGAUGAAAGCGGCGUUACGGUUGCACAUACGCCUUAUGUGAAAAAGACACGAAAGAUUGCAUGGUAUCAAUGGAUCGAAGCAGUUUGUGAUGUACGUCUCUAUCUCUUCUUUUGUGGCCUUUUGGUUGGAAGCAUUCCUAACGGAGGUGUAACAGCCUAUAGUAUUCAACUUCUUUCCGGCUUUGGAUUCUCACAAGCAGAAACCUUGCUCGUUUCAAUCGCUCCAGGAGGAGGUCAAAUUGUGAGCGUGUUGCUAUUCAUCAUCACAGCUUUGUUGACAAAGAGCCGAAUCUUAGGGGCAAAUUUGCUUUUGUUCAUCGCAAUUGCAGGUUCAACAAUGAUGUAUGUCUCAACCACAGGCAGAACGGCAAAGACUGUUGGUUAUGUUUUGCUCAACUUUGGCUCCCCAGCUGUGGUUGCCUUGUACUCUUUCAUUGGCUCUGCCGUUUUGGGCCACGAUAAAAGAGUCAUUUUCACCAUUGUCUCUCAAUUGGCCUACGCUUUGGGCAACAUCAUCGGACCUUUAGUGUUCCUUGAAAGUGAAACAUUGUUGAAUUACCCGACGGCCAAAAAGGUGAUCAUUGGAUCUUUAGCAGGUGCUGCUUUCACUUUGUUCUGUAUUGGUAUCAUCCAUGCCGCUUGGAACUACAAGCGAAACCUGAACAGAGAUGAUUCGGAGCUCGAACAACCACAAGGUCACAGUGGCCAAUACUUAUCCGACUUUAAACGUAGAGAUUUCCGAUAUGUAUAUUAG